AAUUAAUGUGCAGUAGAGGGCAUGCGUUCUCCCAACGCGGUCUAAAAUACUGGAGGGCAUCAGUCGAAGAUAAAGUUCAGCGCGAUGACGAAGACAGGAGGAAAUUCACAAGUAAACGAAUCAGUGUAUGCGAACAAGGAUUUUGUCUAUUCGUACGGAUGGAAUCGUGUCAUGAUGCACGUGAUUGGGGGUUGGCCUGAGGACACCGAUAACUUCUUCAUGAGGAAUCGAAUAUUCUUGAAUGGACUUGCUCUUUUUCUUUUCAAUGUUCUACCCCAGUUGGCUAGUGUACCAUUUUUCUGGGGAGAUUUCAAUGCUGUUAUCGACUAUUUGUCUCUCAAUCUGGCUAUAACUCUGGCACUUGUUGAACUAGUUUGGCUUGGAAUUCAGCGAUCCACUGUUCAGAAAUUAUUAAAGAUGAUGGCUGAAGAUUGGUUGAUGCCGAGAACACUUGAGGAGCACGAGGAGAUGAUGAAGAUGACUAAAAUCAUCAGACUGAUUUCGUCUAUAUGUUUUUACUCGACCAUUUGCCUCUUCGUUGCAUUCGUGCUUUCGCACAUGCUGAGCGCAUUGGCACUCAAAAAUGAUCCUACCGUUGAUCCAAAAUUAUCAAAUGGUUUUCUCUACACUUGUGUAUUUCCUUUCGAUACCUCAUCGCUGCCUGUUUUCAUACCGAUCUGGAUAGGCCAAUUUUUCUGCAGUUAUAUAUCAAUGGCCGGAUAUUCCUCUCCUGUUGGCUUCUUAGGGAUGUUUGUGUUCCAUCAAUGUGGCCAAUUAAAAUUGCUGCGUCUCAGAUUAGAGGGAAUUGUUGAUAAAGAAACCACGGAAAAUCGCCGAGAAUUCUGGAAAAAACUCGGAAAAAUUGUCGAGAGGCACGAGCAGUUGAAUGAACGUACAUUGGAGAUUGAGGAGAAUUUCAAUCAAAUUUUCCUCGCUGCUGCAGUAGAUUGCAUUUUCAUCACUUGUACGCAGACUUUCGCAGUAAUCACACUAUUACAAACUGAAGGAACCUUUCCAGUGUUCCAGAUGCUUUUUCUAUUCAUUUGCGCCACUUAUGAUUUGGGCCAUUUUUUUGUAUACUGUCUAGCAGGAGAUAUAUUGAUGACCGAGAGCUCGAAUUUUGGUGUCUCAUUAUACAACAGUCAGUGGUACGAGUUAGCUCCUAACGAAGUGAAAGCAGUUCUCAUAUUUACCAGUCGAUGCACCCGGCCACAAAAAAUAACUGGGGGAAAAUUCAUAGAUCUGUCACUUCCCCUUUUCGCAAAAAUUGUCAAAACAGCUGCCAGUUAUCUAUCAGUUCUCCUCGCCAUGAAGGAAUUAUUCACUCCUGGAAAUCACCGAGUUAUCAACGUAUUAAUUUUGAAAAUUUUCUGACAAACAAGACCAUCCAAAGACCUCCCAGGAAUGAUCCCCUGCCACUGAUGCACCUCAGGGGAAAAAUCCCAACUUCUCGGAAAGUCUUUACGUAAUUUGCAUAUGAAACGAGACGCGCAAUUACUCUCGAGCUAUUAAAU